GAUGUCAGCAUCGGGGGUGGGAGCAGGGCCCACGCAUUCCCCCUUUGGCCUGGGUGGGAACAGGGGAGGUAGUGGGCAGGGCCAGAAGGGCUUACUGGGAUUUUCUUCCUCUCUGUCACUCCAGAGGAAGGAGGUAGAGAACACUUGUUUCAGUUUGAGGUGUUUGGCAGCCACGCGCUGAAGGACGGUUUUUAAUUGUAGGGAUUGAGAAUGGUGCAUACUAACUGCUGAGGAACACGGUGAAUGGAGUUAUGGUAAUUGCACGAUUGGCAUGAAGGGGUGAGAGAAGUUCCAGAUUGGUCGAUUAAAAUACUUGGGAGGCUGCAUUCUGGUAAUUCUCAGGAGGAAGAAUGUGUAGGAGAGACCAGGGUUUUUAAGGUGUGACCUCUGAACCACCUACAUCAGAGCCAACCGCCUCUCGCUUUGGCGCUGACCACAAUGCUGAGCAGGAAGCAGCAGCCACAGGCCCAGUGACUGGUGGCUCGGUGACCAGCAGCCCAGUGACCGGCAGCCAGGUCCUCACCUGGGUCCUCUCAGUGAAACCAGGGUGGCUGCCCCAGCAGACAGCGCUGCGGAGCCAACUCCUGACAGGUGCUGCUGCGCAGUAAAUGUAAUUUGAAGAAGGCAGAAGGAACCCAUGGCUUUAGCUGGCUGCCCAGAUUCCUUUUUGCACCAUCCGUACUACCAGGACAAGGUGGAGCAGGCACCUCGCAGUCAACAAGACCCGGCAGGACCAGGACUCCCCACACAGUCUGACCGACUUGCGCAUCACCAGGAGGAUGAUGUGGACCUGGAAGCCCUGGUGAACGAUAUGAACGCAUCCCUGGAGAGCCUGUACUCAGCCUGCAGCAUGCAGUCAGACACGGUGCCCCUCCUGCAGAAUGGCCAGCAUGCCCGCAGCCAACCUCGGGCUUCAGGCCCUCGGUCCGUCCAGCCACAGGUGUCCCCGAGGCAGAGGGUGCAGCGCUCCCAGCCUGUGCACAUCCUUGCUGUCAGGCGCCUUCAGGAGGAAGACCAGCAAUUUAGAACCUCGUCUCUGCCGGCCAUCCCGAAUCCUUUUCCUGAACUCUGUGGCCCUGGGAGCCCCCCUGUGCUCACGCCGGGUUCUUUACCUCCAAGCCAGGCCGCCGCAAAGCAGGAUGUUAAAGUCUUUAGUGAAGAUGGGACGAGCAAAGUGGUGGAGAUUCUAGCAGACAUGACAGCCAGAGACCUGUGCCAAUUGCUGGUUUACAAAAGUCACUGUGUGGAUGACAACAGCUGGACACUAGUGGAGCACCACCCGCACCUAGGAUUAGAGAGGUGCUUGGAAGACCAUGAGCUGGUGGUCCAAGUGGAGAGUACCAUGGCCAGUGAGAGUAAAUUUCUAUUCAGGAAGAAUUAUGCAAAAUACGAGUUCUUUAAAAAUCCCAUGAAUUUCUUCCCAGAACAGAUGGUUACUUGGUGCCAGCAGUCAAAUGGCAGUCAAAGCCAGCUUUUGCAGAAUUUUCUGAACUCCAGUAGCUGUCCUGAAAUUCAAGGGUUUUUGCAUGUGAAAGAGCUGGGAAAGAAAUCAUGGAAAAAGCUGUAUGUGUGUUUGCGGAGAUCUGGCCUUUAUUGCUCCACCAAGGGAACUUCAAAGGAACCCAGACACCUGCAGCUGCUGGCCGACCUGGAGGACAGCAACAUCUUCUCCCUGAUCGCUGGCAGGAAGCAGUACAGCGCCCCUACAGACCACGGGCUCUGCAUAAAGCCAAACAAAGUCAGGAAUGAAGCUAAAGAGCUGAGGUUGCUCUGUGCAGAGGAUGAGCAAACCAGGACGUGCUGGAUGACAGCGUUCAGACUCCUGAAGUAUGGAAUGCUCCUUUACCAGAACUACCGAAUCCCUCAGCAGAGGAAGGCCUUGCUAUCCCCGUUCUCAACGCCAGUGCGCAGUGUCUCCGAGAACUCCCUCGUGGCAAUGGAUUUUUCUGGGCAAACAGGACGCGUGAUAGAGAAUCCGGCGGAGGCCCAGAGCGCAGCCCUGGAGGAGGGCCACGCCUGGAGGAAGCGAAGCACACGGAUGAACAUCCUAGGUAGCCAAAGUCCCCUCCACCCUUCUACCCUAAGUACAGUGAUUCACAGGACACAGCACUGGUUUCACGGGAGGAUCUCCAGGGAGGAAUCCCACAGGAUCAUUAAACAGCAAGGGCUCGUGGACGGGCUUUUUCUCCUCCGUGACAGCCAGAGUAAUCCAAAGGCAUUUGUACUCACACUGUGUCAUCACCAGAAAAUUAAAAAUUUCCAGAUCUUACCUUGCGAGGAUGAUGGGCAGACGUUCUUCAGCCUAGAUGACGGGAACACCAAAUUCUCUGACCUGAUCCAGCUGGUUGACUUUUACCAGCUGAACAAAGGAGUCCUGCCUUGCAAACUCAAGCACCACUGCAUCCGAGUGGCCUUAUGACCGCAGAUGUCCUCUCGGCUGAAGACUGGAGGAAGUGAACACUGGACUGAAGAAGCGGUCUGUGCAUUGGUUAAGAACACACAUUGAUUCUGCACCUGGGGACCCAAAGCGAGAUGGGUUCGUUCAGUUGCCAGCCAACCAAGAUUGACUAGUUUGUUGGACUUAAACGACGAUUUGCUGCUGUGAACCCAGCAGGGUCGCCUCCCUCUGCGUCGGCCAAAUUGGGGAGGGCUUGGAAGAUCCAGCGGAAAUUUGAAAAUAAACUGGAAUGAUCAUCUUGGCUUGGGCCGCUUAGGAGCAAGAACCGGAGAGAAAUGAUUGGAAAUGAACUCUUGCCCUGGAAUAAUCUUGACAAUUAAAACUGAUAUGUUUACUUUUUUUGUAUUGAUCACUUUUUUGCACUCCUUCUUUGUUUUCAAUAUUGUAUUCAGCCUAUGGUAGGAGGGGGAUGUGGCGUUUCAACUCAUAUAAUACAGAAAGAGUUUCGAACGGGCAGACUUCAAACUGAGUAUGGGUCCCCAAAUGUUCCCAGAGGGUCCUCCGCACCCUCUGCCAACUACCACGGUGUGGAUUCAGCUCCCAAAUGACAAACCCAGCCCUUCCCAGUAUACUUGAAAAGCUUUUCUGUUAAAAUAAAAGGUGUCACUGUGGUAGGCAUUUGGCAUGUUUUGUGGACUCAGUCAAGCAACCACAGUCUGUUAAUCAUUUCUCUAUGCUCAGAUGUCAGAUCCUCUUGUUAUUAGCGUGUCUUGUUCUGCACAGUGCAGGAGACUUUAUUCCUUUGGAAAAUUCACUGUUCCACAAACAGCAGGCUGAAUGGCCUCGCCUCUAGACUGACGUGGGCCAGCCUCCUUGAGACACACCUGGCACCCGUCAUCGGCCAGCGGUGGAUGCUGCAUAAUCCACCUGGGUACUUUCAGCCUUGCGUUUCCACGGCCUUCAGCCUGUUCUAGAACGAUCACUGCCUUACCCCUGCUGCUGCAGUGGUGUGAGUCGUUUCACGGCUGAUGUCCCUCGGGGGAUUAAAGGAUCUAAAGAGAGAAUGGCACCUGGUUGGCUUCGUGCUGUGUCUCGUGGGUUUCCAUGGUGAUAAAGACAAGGAAACGCUGCAGAGGUCACAGGCACAGGCUGAUAUUUAAAGAUCUUUGCUUGCAGCCCUCCGUCCUGCUGAGAACCCCCAUAAGCCAGUGAACGCAGAGCCCCUAGAGGCUCCUCUGCUGGCUUAGGGUGCAGAGUACCUCACGGUGGUUGUGGACAUGGAAGAGUUUUGUCAACACAACACUUCCUCCCUGCUCCGGGAGAUGAGUCAGACGGUGGCUUGAGUUGUCACUUGGUCCCCUCCGCCCCUUGGGUGGCCCCCUUUGCCAUGUCCCCUUAGCUUAGUGAUCAGGUGUGAGAGUGGCCAUUUCCUUACCUUUAAUCCCUGCAAAGCAGAAAGGACUCCCUUGACAAGGAACAGACUACCGUGGUGAGCAGGACGAUUUCCUUUUUCAAGACAACACCCGCCUGGCUUCUCUGAAUCUGUGCUAGCCACGAUAUUGCCCCAAAUCCGCUCCCACUGAAGUGCUCCCUAAGGAACAGCAUUUCUCUGCUCGUCAGUCAACCCCCAUAGCCUAGAGCAGUGUCACGAGCUUCAGUAAGGCCAAUCAGCUGGAAGUCAGUGUACCAUAUAGUAACACUGUAUUUCAGUUUACAGACCACACUCUAGCUGUUUUCCAUGAAAGGUAUACAAAUAAAGAAUUUUUUAGCAAAACAUGUUUUUAACCACCAAUGCUCAAUUGCAUUUUCUUCCUUUCGCAGCCAGUCAGUCUUUCGAACUAUUGACAGUGAGAUAAUUCUCGUGUUCACACCUGGCGGCAGGCUUCACUAUAGGGACGGACAUUGCAGUUACACCGCGAUUCCUUUCUCUUCACUGGCUCGAGGUAAACACUUUCCAAGGAAAAACAACUCUAGGAUUUCUUUUUUCUGUGUACGUAGACCAGUCCCAUCAGUGUAUAAUCUCUCUCUUUCACGCCUCUCUCCAAUAGACAGCUUGUAUUUGCAGUAUUUCAUAUUUAUAAAUAUGCGUUUAUUUAAAAGGAGAACAAAAGCUUGACUCUGAUUCACAGUUUUGUAUGUAGCUGGUUUGACGUAGUCUUUUGUAUUUUCCCUGCCGAAGUGAAUUGUUGGAGAAUGUAAACCGCCUCCGUGCGGCAGCAGACUUCCUAAGGCCCCAGCUCGCUAGCCUCGUGCUGGGCGGCUGGGAAUUCCACCUGAGAACAAGUCCCGCAAACCGGGGACGGAAGGACAUUUGACUUUUAUUUUUGUAUUUAAUUGACAUGAAUGUAAAGGGGACAGCUCAGGGUUGUUUUGGAGCCUGUUGACUUUGUAUCUCUGCCUGUGAUUUUCUUUUCUAAAUGAAACUCCAUGUAGCAACCGGGAUGAAGUUGAGAAGGAAAACGCCAAAUGCUUUGGUUAUUAGAGUUUAAUAGGUAAGCUCUGUUACACUAGGUGUUAGAGUUCCAGAAUGUUCUUUUGUUUGCUAAACCUUGAAGAAACAUGUGCCUCAGCCUAGAUGUUUUGUCUUCUCUUUUCUGCACUUAAUACCUGACAGUGUGACCGAUCUCUGCGCCUUUCCGGGGGCGGGCCAGCUGGCGGUAGAUUUGUGAUGUCACAGUGCAAACUGCAGCGACUGUAAAUCGGCCUGGCGUGUAUAAACGUUUUCAGGGAAUGCAGAAGGUAUUAAUGAAGAGACAAAACCUUUAUUCCAUGUGCUUUGCUUCAUUCUGUACAUAGCUCUUUGGCUCGUGAACCUAAUUGUAAACUUUCAGGUAUUUUUGUACAAAUAAGGGACUGAUGUUCUGUUUCUUGUAAUUAGAAAUAAACAUUAAUACAGUGUUCUUCA